AUGCUUCAAGAAUCAAAGUACACUGAUUCUGAUCCAAUCUUUCGGAUUAAGAAUCUGGACACAGGAGAAAUCAUUAGACUAGAUGAAUUUAUUGAUAAAUACGAGCCAGAAUAUAACUCUAACUUGAAAAGUCAAAAUAAACUGGAACUGCCAAAAAAUUUGGAAUUUAAGUCAUUCAUCAAAGAAAAGAAAUCGCAUUUUUAUCAAAACAUUCAUAUUCAAACCUAUAAAAAAUACUUAUCAAGCGAAAUCCAAUGUUUGAACGUAUCGAGUGACUCACAGUAUGCAGCUGUGGGAUAUAGUGAUGGCGAAAUAUUGAUUUUAGAUACGAAAACACUUGAUGUUUUAAAAAAAUUCUCUGACCAUAAAAAUGCAAUUUCAACUCUGAAGUUCGGACCAGACAAUAUGCUAGUGAGUUGUUCAGAAGAUAACUCCAUAAAAAUAUGGGACCUUGCCUCCGAAAGAUCAAUAUUUUCUUACAAUAGUAAUGAUAAAAUCACAGAUUGUUGUUUCCAUCCUACAGACCCAUCAGUUAUUCUAUUCUCAACUGGGAACAACAUGAUUCACCUACUUAAUUGCCAAACGAACAUCAUCUUACAAGAAUUAAGUUAUAUUACGCCACCAACAGCAAUUACGUUCUCUCCUGAUGGUGAACUGAUAAUUGUUGGCUGUCAGAAUGGAUUCUGCUACGUCUAUUCUUAUCCUGACCUUAGAUAUAUUUCCCAAUUUGUAGCAGGUCCCAGAGCGAAAUCAGAAGCUCCCAAUGAGAAAGUUACAUCUAUAUCAUUCAUCGGGAGUAACAAUUUCCUUGUUUCAACAAAUGAUUCUAGAAUCAGAUUAGUUUCUGCAGAUAAUUUCACAAUUGUCAGGAAAUACAUUGGUCAUUGUUGCAAGAAUGGAAAUAUGAAGCUCAGUGUCUCAAAAGACGAGAAUUUGUUCCUGAUUCCGAGCGAAGAUAACAACGGUGUAUUUUUGUGGCCUGUUAACCACGAAAAGUACUACAAGAGUGAGGCCAUUUUCCACUCUUUCAUGAAAGACAGAUCGAAAACCGCGGAAGGUUUCUCUUUUGGAAAGGAAAUCAAAAUAAAAGCUGCGGCGUUCGCUCAUAACUCCUCCAUAUCGCAUUUGUUUGUAAUUGUUGCUGAUAGUCUAGGAGGAAUUUCAAUAAUUGUCGGACAAUAA